AUGUCCCGUUCGUUCCUAGUCGACUCUCUGAUCGGCCACACCAAGGACCUACCGCCGCCCCAAUGCAGGAUAAUGGACAAUCCGACGUUCCCCUAUCCGCCGAGCUACAUCAGCAGUUACCUCUUCUCCAUCAGCCUGGCCAGGCAACAGCAGCAACACCAGCAGCAGCUCUUCUUCAACGAGCACCACCACCACCAGCAGCCCAUCAGACCUCUGGCGACGCUGCCCAGGCUGGCUCCGAUCGAAGACAAGCUCGCGCCCAGUCCGGAACCCGCUGCGUCCCCCAAAUCGCCGGCCAGCAGGGAGGACACGCCGACGCCGCCGAGCAAGGACUCCAGCAAGAGGAUUCGCACCGCCUUCACCAGCACCCAGCUGCUGGAGUUGGAGCGCGAAUUCGCGGCGAAUAUGUACCUGUCGCGGUUGCGGCGCAUCGAGAUCGCCACGUCGCUGCGGCUCUCCGAGAAGCAGGUGAAGAUCUGGUUCCAGAACCGGCGGGUGAAGCACAAGAAGGAGGAGGCGCCCGGUUCGUCGGGGGAAGGGCACCGGGGCAAGUGCUGUUGCUUCAAGGGUUGCGGGGGCGCCAAGGCGUCGUCGGGUUGCGACGACGCCGACGUCGAUGUCACGGGUACGGAGGAGGAGCGUCGGUUUUCGUAG